UUCUUCUUGGCCAAGCUUUACAUGGAACUUAAUUUAGUCCUUGCCAAUCCCCCAUAAAAAUCCAUUUCUUUUUAUGGCAAUUAAGUCAUGAAUGCUUGUUUGUGGGGGAUCUCUUAGUCAGUCGAGGAUGGCAAGGUCCAUCCCUAUGUCACCUAUGUAAGCAAUCCUCUGAGAGCCUAAUCCAUCUCUUUCUUGAAUGCGAGUUUGUAAGGCCUAUUUGGUUUGAAGCUGAGCUAGGGAUCUGUAUUUCUGAAACUCCUAGUCUCUCCCUUCCCUUUUGGCUAGGAUGGUUGCAAAAUGUAGGGCAUGUCAUGGCCAUGGAUAAUCACAAAUUCUUCUCAUGUAUUUCUUCUAUUUUAUGGUGUAUUUGGCUUGCUAGGAACAAGUCUGUCUUUGAUUCCAAAGCCUCUUCCCCCAUGCAAGUUAUCAGUCAUGCUAAACAAUUAAACCACUCCAUUACCAAAGCCUUUUCUCUCUUCAAACCACUCAGAUUUUACAUCGAUCUUAGGAGAGACUCUGGGAAAGUCCAAACUCUCCAAACUCUAGGAUCAUCUCAGCAAAUUUCUUGUCAACUUGAUUACAGUAGUACUGAUGAGGCUUCUAAUAUUGCACCCUUUACUUUUCAUGCAAAUCCAUGUCUAUGCUCUAAGGAUAAAUCAGUCUUAGAUAUUUUCUGUGCCAAUUCUUUUAAUGUGCAGCUCAAGAAAACAGGUAUGGGUCUAAUAUUUAUGUUUAACUCUAUGAUUGUGGGCUCCUCUUUCAAGAGCUCCAAUUCUCACAGGGAUUGUGCCUCUAUCAUUUCUCUCAUGGCAGCUGUGAGUUGGGCCAUUGAUAACCAUAUGUUGCAUAUAAACAUCCACACUAACGACUAUUAUCUUUUCCAGCAGUUGAGAAGCUUUAAGGAAUUCCCAGCUUUCGCAGCCCCUCUGUUUUUUGACUUGUGUUUUUUCACUCAAGAAGUCCAUAUUUGCAAUAUAUCUUAAUGUGAGCGCUCCAGAGUUCAUCAAGCUUUCCUUUUGGCAAGAUUUGUGACCUCUUCCAGGAUUCAUUCUGAAGUUAACACAUCUUAUCCCUUCGAUAACGGAUAGUUUACUCAAAGUGAAUCUUUUUGUUUUGGAAGUUGUCUAUCCUUUAUGCUUGUUGCUUCUCUCUUAUCUAGCUUUAGUUCUGAUAACCUUUAGUAAUUGGGACUGUAUUUAUUAUCUUUAAACUCUUGUAAUAACUCUUUAUCUAUCUAUGUAGUUU